AUACCUAUCGCCAACUGCUUGAUCAUUCAGUAACUGAUCACACUCUAAAAUAUCAACAUGGGCAAAAUUACUCUAUACGGUGCCGAACCCAGUCCUCCAGUUCGUGCAGUCAAGUUGACACUGGCAGCUCUGGAUCUCUCCUAUGAGUUCGUUACUAUUGAUUUGAUCGUCAAGGAACAGCUUUCGGAGUCAUUCGUGAAGAAGAAUCCCCAGCAUACGGUGCCCAUGCUGGAGGAUGACGAUGCGAUUAUCUGGGAUUCUCAUGCCAUUAUCACCUAUUUGGUUAGCAAAUAUGGCAAGGACGAUUCACUGUAUCCCAAGGAUCUGCUAAAGCGCGCUGUUGUUGAUCAGCGUCUGCACUUUGAAUCUGGCGUCGUGUUUGCUAAUGUUUUGCGUGCUAUCACUAGAAAUCUGUUCUUCUUUGGCGUAAAGGUGAUCCCCAAGGAUCAAAUUCAAGCUCUGAUCGAAGUCUACGACUUUGUCGAGACUUUCCUUAAGGGACACGAUUAUGUUGCUGGGGAUCAGUUGACGGUCGCUGACUUCAGUCUUAUCUCGACUGUCGCCUCUCUGCCCGCAUAUGUGGAAAUUGAUCCCGUCAAGUAUGUGAAUAUAACUGCAUGGAUCAAGCGUCUGGAGAAGCUGCCUUAUUACUCUGUGAAUGAUGUUGGCAACAAGCAAUUUAUUGCGGCUGUUAAAGGAACAAAUUUUAGCAUUGAACAGUGAUCAAUAUAAAAAUUUUGAAUAGUAUGUAAGGAAUACAAACUUGACCAUUAAAGAUGAAAAUAAAUAUGAAACUUAAUUGUAUCUUUAACAAAAAAAAAAUUAGUAAAUAUGUUAACACAUCCUAUCAACUUAUGUUAUAUAUUACUUU